GGGCACGCGGGCCACACCUGGGGGGCCGGUCUCCCCUCUGCGCGCCGGCCGGGCGGGGUAGGAGCGCGCGGGGGAGUCCCGGGUCCCUGUCAGGGCGGGGAGAGUCCACGGCGCGGGGCCGGGGGUGGGGAGCGUGGGCACGCGCGAGCGGGGGAGGCGGCCCGGCGCCCCGCAGGCUCCAGCAGCCGCCCUGGCGGCGGGUUAGCGGCGCGGGAGAGAAAAUGGCUGCUGGGGGGCCGCCGGGCGUCGGCCGGGCGCUGCGAGGCUGACCCCCGCUCCCAGAAUCCCCCCUCCCGCGUUGGGCGCGCCCACCUCGGGGCUCCCGUGGGCCCCCGCCCUCCCGGGCGCGCGGGGCUGGGAGCCGAGGCAGUUGGCGCGAGCCGCGGGCUAGGCGGGGCCGCGCGCAUGGUCCCCUCCCCCUGCCCCCCGCAGGUCCCCUCCGGAGCGCCCCGCGCAGCCUGCGCCGCCCGCUCCCCGCCUCCGGCCGGGCCCCGGACACCACGGCGGUGGGCUCGGCCCACUGAGGACAAGGUCAGGAGACAGAGAGACGAUGCACGAGUGCGGCUGGAGGGAGCUGAGAGGAGGCGACAGCGGUUGGGAUCUGUCCCUCCUGACCGGGGAGCGGGACUGGGGCAGGCGCCGGUGAGGAGGAGGAGGAGAGGCGGCGGCGGCGGCGCGGUUUUCUCCGGCCGGCUUUGCCCUCAGGAGCAUCCCUGUGCGCGCCCGCGAGCUCAGCACCCUCCCCGGGCAGGGGCGCCGGGGACGAUGGAGCCGGGGGCCCAGGCCCGCACUGGUCCCCCGCAGCCGGCGGUCCCGGGACCGUGGAGGGCUCGACCGGCGGGCGGCGGCGGCGGGGGCGCCUCCUCCUGGCUGCUGGACGGGAACAGCUGGCUGCUGUGCUAUGGCUUCCUCUACCUGGCGCUCUACGCGCAGGUGUCCCAGUCCAAGCCGUGCGAGAGGACCAGCUCCUGCUUCUCGGGCCGCUGUGUCAACUCCACCUGCCUCUGCGACCCGGGCUGGGUGGGGGACCAGUGCCAGCACUGCCAGGGCAGGUUCAAGUUAACAGAACCUUCUGGAUAUUUAACUGAUGGUCCAAUUAACUAUAAGUAUAAAACUAAAUGUACAUGGCUAAUUGAAGGCUAUCCCAAUGCAGUGUUAAGAUUAAGAUUCAAUCAUUUUGCUACAGAAUGUAGCUGGGAUCAUAUGUAUGUUUAUGAUGGAGAUUCAAUAUAUGCACCUUUAAUAGCUGUGCUUAGUGGUUUGAUAGUCCCUGAAAUAAGGGGAAAUGAAACUGUGCCUGAAGUUGUUACAACAUCUGGCUAUGCACUGUUACAUUUUUUUAGUGAUGCUGCAUAUAAUCUAACUGGUUUCAACAUUUUUUAUUCAAUCAAUUCUUGUCCUAACAAUUGCUCUGGUCAUGGAAAGUGUACAACUAGUAUCUCUGUUCCAAGUCAAGUAUAUUGUGAAUGUGAUAAAUACUGGAAGGGUGAAGCUUGUGAUAUUCCUUACUGUAAAGCCAAUUGCGGCAGUCCGGAUCAUGGUUACUGUGACCUAACAGGAGAAAAACUCUGUGUCUGCAAUGAUAGUUGGCAAGGUCCUGAUUGUUCUUUGAAUGUUCCUUCUACUGAAUCUUACUGGAUUCUGCCAAAUGUUAAACCCUUCAGUCCUUCUGUAGGUCGGGCUUCCCAUAAAGCAGUUUUACAUGGGAAAUUUAUGUGGGUGAUUGGUGGAUAUUCUUUUAACUACAGUUCUUUUCAAAUGGUCCUGAAUUAUAAUUUAGAAAGCAGUAUAUGGAAUGUAGGAACUCUGUCAAGGGGACCUCUCCAGAGAUAUGGACACUCUCUUGCUUUGUAUGAGGAAAACAUCUAUAUGUAUGGAGGCAGAAUUGAAACAAAUGAUGGCAAUGUCACAGAUGAAUUAUGGAUUUUUAACAUACAUAGUCAGUCAUGGAGUACAAAAUCUCCUACUGUGCUUGGACAUGGUCAGCAGUAUGCUGUGGAGGGACAUUCAGCACAUAUUAUGGAGUUGGAUAGUAGAGAUGUUGUCAUGAUCAUAAUAUUUGGAUAUUCUGCAAUAUAUGGUUAUACAAGCAGCAUUCAGGAAUACCAUAUCUCAUCAAACACUUGGCUUGUUCCAGAAACUAAAGGAGCUAUUGUUCAAGGUGGAUAUGGCCACACCAGUGUGUAUGAUGAAAUAACAAAGUCCAUUUAUGUUCAUGGAGGCUAUAAAGCAUUACCAGGCAAUAAAUAUGGAUUGGUAGAUGAUCUUUAUAAAUACGAAGUUAACACUAAGACUUGGACUAUUUUGAAAGAAAGUGGGUUUGCCAGAUACCUUCAUUCAGCUGUUCUUAUCAAUGGAGCUAUGCUUAUUUUUGGAGGAAAUACCCAUAAUGACACUUCCUUGAGUAACGGUGCAAAAUGUUUUUCUGCCGAUUUCCUGGCAUAUGACAUAGCUUGUGAUGAAUGGAAAAUAUUACCAAAACCAAAUCUUCAUAGAGAUGUCAACAGAUUUGGACACUCUGCAGUUGUCAUUAAUGGGUCCAUGUAUAUAUUUGGAGGAUUUUCUAGUGUGCUCCUUAAUGAUAUCCUUGUAUACAAGCCUCCAAACUGCAAAGCUUUCAGAGAUGAAGAACUUUGUAAAAAUGCUGGUCCAGGGAUAAAAUGUAUUUGGAAUAAAAAUCACUGUGAAUCUUGGGAAUCUGGGAAUAUUAACAAUAUUCUUAGAGCAAAGUGCCCUCCUAAAACAGCUACUUCCGAUGACAGAUGUUACAGAUAUGCAGAUUGUGCCAGCUGUACUGCCAAUACAAAUGGGUGCCAAUGGUGUGAUGACAAGAAAUGCAUUUCAGCCAACAGUAACUGCAGUAUGUCUGUGAAAAACUACACCAAAUGUCAUGUAAGAAAUGAGCAGAUCUGUAACAAACUUACCAGCUGUAAAAGCUGUUCACUAAACUUGAAUUGCCAGUGGGAUCAGCGACAGCAAGAAUGCCAGGCUUUACCAGCUCAUCUUUGUGGAGAAGGAUGGAAUCAUAUUGGGGAUGCUUGUCUUAGAAUCAAUUCCAGUAGAGAAAGCUAUGACAAUGCAAAACUUUAUUGCUAUAAUCUUAGUGGAAAUCUUGCUUCAUUAACAACCUCAAAAGAAGUAGAAUUUGUUCUGGAUGAAAUACAGAAGUAUACGCAACAGAAAGUAUCACCUUGGGUAGGCUUGCGCAAGAUCAACAUCUCCUACUGGGGAUGGGAAGACAUGUCUCCUUUUACAAACACAACGCUACAGUGGCUUCCGGGUGAACCGAAUGACUCUGGGUUUUGUGCGUAUCUAGAAAGGGCUGCAGUGGCAGGCUUAAAAGCUAAUCCUUGUACAUCCAUGGCUGAUGGCCUUGUCUGUGAAAAACCUGUAGUUAGUCCAAAUCAAAAUGCAAGGCCAUGCAAAAAGCCGUGUUCUCUAAGGACGUCGUGUUCCAACUGUACAAGCAACGGCAUGGAGUGUAUGUGGUGCAGCAGCACGAAACGCUGCGUUGACUCUAAUGCUUAUAUCAUCUCUUUUCCGUAUGGACAAUGUCUGGAGUGGCAAACUGCCACCUGCUCUCCUCAAAAUUGUUCUGGAUUGAGAACCUGUGGACAAUGUUUGGAACAGCCUGGAUGUGGCUGGUGCAAUGAUCCUAGCAAUACAGGAAGAGGACACUGCAUUGAAGGAUCUUCACGGGGACCAAUGAAGCUUGUUGGAAUGCACAGUAAUGAGAUGCUUCUUGACACCAGUCUUUGUCCUAAAGAAAAGAACUAUGAGUGGUCCUUUAUCCAGUGUCCAGCUUGCCAAUGUAAUGGACAUAGCACUUGCAUCAAUAAUAAUGUGUGUGAACAGUGUAAAAAUCUCACCACGGGAAAGCAGUGUCAAGACUGCAUGCCAGGUUAUUAUGGAGAUCCAACCAAUGGAGGACAAUGCACAGCUUGUACAUGCAGUGGCCAUGCAAAUAUCUGUCAUAUGCACACAGGAAAAUGUUUCUGCACAACUAAAGGAAUAAAGGGUGAUCAAUGCCAAUUAUGUGACUCUGAAAAUCGCUAUGUUGGUAAUCCACUUAGAGGAACAUGUUAUUACAGCCUUUUGAUUGACUACCAGUUUACCUUCAGCUUGUUACAGGAAGACGAUCGUCACCAUACUGCCAUAAACUUCAUAGCAAAUCCUGAACAGUCAAACAAAAAUUUGGAUAUUUCAAUUAAUGCAUCAAACAACUUUAAUCUCAACAUUACGUGGUCAGUUGGUUCAACAGCUGGAACAAUAUCUGGAGAGGAGACUCCUAUAGUUUCCAAGACUAACAUAAAGGAAUAUAGAGAUAGUUUUUCCUAUGAAAAAUUUAACUUCAGAAGCAAUCCUAACAUUACAUUCUAUGUGUACGUCAGCAACUUUUCCUGGCCUAUUAAAAUACAGAUUGCAUUCUCACAACACAAUACAAUCAUGGAUCUUGUGCAGUUUUUUGUCACCUUCUUCAGUUGUUUUCUAUCCUUAUUACUGGUAGCUGCUGUGGUGUGGAAGAUCAAACAAACAUGCUGGGCUUCUCGACGGAGAGAGCAACUGCUUCGAGAACGACAGCAGAUGGCCAGCCGUCCCUUUGCUUCUGUUGAUGUAGCACUGGAAGUAGGAGCCGAACAAACAGACUUUCUGCGAGGGCCGUUAGAGGGGGCGCCCAAACCUAUAGCCAUUGAACCGUGUGCUGGGAACAGAGCUGCUGUCCUGACUGUGUUUCUUUGUCUACCGCGAGGAUCAUCAGGUGCCCCUCCCCCUGGGCAGUCAGGCCUUGCAAUCGCCAGUGCCCUAAUAGAUAUUUCACAGCAGAAGCCUUCAGAUAGUAAAGACAAGACUUCAGGAGUCCGAAAUCGAAAACAUCAUCUCUCAACACGUCAAGGAACUUGUGUUUGAGAAACAGAAACUGCUCCUGGAUGCUCUGUAAUGCCUGACUUUGUAAAUGGCUUCCAUCAUGGCUGGUCUGUGACCUCAGUUUUUACGGAGGUGAAUCUCUGUAUGCUCCCAGGGCCCAAGUACAGUUCCCUCCAAGUGGGCAAUGACCUAAGUGGCCAAAGAAUGUUCCUGACUUUUAUAAAAGUAACAAUAUUGAUGGUCACAGGUGAUAAAGUCAGCUUUUACGACUAUCUUAGGCUUAUCAUAGGUGAUGUUAAAUUACUCUGGAAAAAGAUGUAUAUUGUUUCUUAAUGCAGAUGAAAAAUGUGCAUUCAUAUAAACCAAACUGUUUAUAUCCCAAGACUUUAAAGAAAGACGUUUUAUAAUGCCUGAAUGAGAAUUGUACAGUUUUUGCGUCAUAAGCAAACAAAUCACUUGUAUAUGAACAGGAAAUGAACAAAUUGCAAAGGCUUUAAAUGCUAUUUUAUCUCACUGUAAAUGUAAAAGCAAGAUUUUUAUUUAGUAGGAUGUAGGUAAUAUAUUUAAAUACUUCACAUGAACAUAUCAUGUCCAAACUCAGUUUCUGAAUGUGACUACUUUUCACCUAACUCGAAUGCAGACCAAAAUGAGUCCAUUUGGAUGGAUGGUGUGUGCACCUUCACAGGAGGUUUAUUAGAAUUCUGAGUGAAGAGGACGUUCCUGUCGCUCAUGCCAACUGCCUAACUCAUUAUCAGAGCUGAUAGAGCAUGGAAAAGCCUGUCCAGCAAUCAAUUUUCCCCCUCCUUCCAAAAACAGCAUCCAAUACCACAAACCUGAAGAGAGCUGAAAUAGUUAUUUUACAGUGUGCAAGCUUCUCCUCUAAUAUGGUAAUUUUUUAAUUGCCUAGGAAUCAUUGGAUCAGACCUAAAUGAGCCAUCUGCAUUUUUAUAAGAACGGAUCAUCUUCUUUUGGCCUUCCUCUCGUAGCUGCUAGAUUUUAUCUACCUUUUACAAGUGUUAUGAAAAGCAUUGUAGAGGGACACCUCCCAAGUUAUAAUAUGACCUGGGUUCCUUCCUGGCAACUAUUUCUCUUAGAAUACAAGCAGAGGAGAGCAUUUGCUGGCAACCAUCUACACUUUUCUUAUUUCUAACAUGAACACCUUGGUGUCAUGAGAGAAAAUCUCCAGUUUAAAAAAUAAAAUAAGUUCAUUGUUGCCCACCUUCAGCGUAUCCUUAGCGACUCAAAAAUCUGAAUUGUGGCAGAAAGGAAAAAUGAUAUAAAACAGCUUUCACAUUGGAACAUAGAAUCACUGGUGUCCUAAUUCUGACAACAGUUCACUAGAACUCAGUAGCAUUAACAGAUCUUGUUUGGAAUUGCAGUUUCUUAACUUCAGGGUAACUACAGGAUAUGUGUAGAGAGCAGUGACAAUGAUAUCCAAAGCUGCUUUAUACAAUGUAAUUUUGUUCAAUAUGAAAGUCAUUUAAAUAUAAUUGUUGUUUAGUACUAUAUAUGUACUUUCAUAUUCUUUGGAUUUCUGGAAGGUAAUGACACUUUACGGUUUACAGCUAAUGCAUAGUUAUUUGCAUGCUAUGGUUGUGCAGUAGCGGAAUACGACCCUAUUGUGAUAUUAAAUGUUUAUUUCAUAAUACCAUUUAUACAUAGUCAGCUUAAUUUGAUGAGGAUUAAAUGUAAUAUAGAACAGGAAUGAUCAUACAGUAUGUAGUUGCAUCAUAUAUAAGAUUGGUAGGUUGCAUCUAACCAUGACUAUGUCAUUGUUUUGAUAAUUAGGCAUUUAUGAAUUAUAGAGUAUAUUCCUUAUGUUGGCAUGAUAAUUUUUCUGUUUUCCAUGCAUUAAAAAUAAGACUAAGUCA